UGAAUCACGACUAGAGAAGUUUGACCGAGCAGUUCGUCGUAUGAGAUCGUGUCCUACUCUGACUGAUGUGACGUCGUAUGAGGUCUUAUGUAGUAGUACUUCUUCUUAUAAUUCCAACAUUUUUCUAGUAAAAAAAAUAAAUCGGGUCGGUACGGACCCAGGCAGCUUUGAUGAGUUGCUACCUGGUUCGAAUGAAUGAAUGAAAUAGAUGAAUAAAAAUAUUAGAUCGAAAAGAUGGUGCUCGUCGGUCCCUCUCGUCCUUUGCUGAAAUCCACUUGGGGUGUGCGGCCGACCGGCUGUUGGGGUGCUACGAAGCUUUAAGGCUCACAACAGUUCAUCUGAAGAAGCAUAAUGCUCCUAAUAUGUUCAUCUGAAGGAGCAAGCAUCUUCUUUGGUAGUCCCCUUUUCUUUUAAAGGAAAGAAAGCACGUGAAAGAUGCUGCGCUUAAAGAUGAAUAUAUGUGAGGUCUAAAAGAUGCGGCCUUAUGGUGGCCAUGUGAGUGAUCCCUACAAGGCUGUAUCUCCAUUAAAGCCUGCAAUGAUCGGAAAGACAGUUACUCAGUGGCUUACACGCGAGUCAACAGGCGGCCUAGAUUUAUGGUACCUGCUCGCAUGAUUUUCUUGGUACUUUUUUGUGCCCUUGCUGUAUUAUUGAUUCCCAUGAAGUGAGACAAGGGUAACAAAGGGGUCGAGAUGAAUAAACGCGGACUCUAAUAGAUCCUGGCGCAAAGAAGGGGACGGCGGCUGAGAGGCUAGCAAACUUCCAAUGGUAUGCUUUUCCUGCAGCACUGAGGGACCGAAACAUCGAGGAAAUCUAUAAUAGAGCUUAUGCGUUGCGAGAUAAACAAUGUAUGAGAGCUUUUGCUCUAAUAUUGAAGAUUCCAUGAUGAGGAUUCGUGGAAGAAUGUGCAUACUGUAUAUGAUGUGCAGAACACUAGGUGAUGAUGUGAACGAGGACUUAAGUCUCGAAAUGGCGCGAUUCACAAUUAGUGGUGGCUACAGCUAGCUGCUGUUCUUUAAUGUGUGAGAUGAAUGUUCUCAAAGUGUGACGCGACGUGUGCUGGGUAUAUCAACAUCAUGUCUGUGAUUACUCAAUCGACAUUCGAGACGCAGUACCAUUCAGAUAAGCACCAGUGCAGAAAAAA